AUGGCUACCGCCACGCGGAGCAAAAAGGCCAAGCAGCUGAAACAACUGGGUGCCAAGCGGGGCAAUCUACUGCAAUCAGCGCAAUUGAUUCGCGAAUUUGACCAAAAUUAUGAUCUUUCGCAAGCAGCCGAGAUUCCAUUUCGGCAUGAUCGUUUGGACAAGUUAUGGGAUGAGCUGGAACACGUUGAUAUGGAGCUUGAAGCACUUUGCGGUGAUGACCCUGGCGCCGCUGAAACUCGAGCCGAGUUUCAGAACUUGUACUAUCGAUUGAAGGGUUCACUUACGAGAAAGCUUCUAGAUCCUACCCAAGCCAAUCCGCCUGCUCCCGUACAACAACAUCAGAUUAUGCUCCCUUCCUCUGGUGUGCGCCUCCCAGAGCUAAAAAUCCUAGAAUUUGAUGGGAACCCUGAAGAUUGGUCUGGCUUUCAUGACUUGUUUAAAUCCAUGAUCCAUGACAACUACCAAUUAACAAACAUUCAGAAGCUACAUUAUCUUCGAGCUUCGUUGAAAGGGGAUGCUGCUCGUAUCAUCUCAUCUCUUGCCGUUUCUACGUACAGCUACACUGUUGCGUGGAAGUUGAUAACAGAUCGUUACGAGGACAAGAAUUUGUUGAUCAAGCAACACAUCUCUGCGCUUUUUUCGGUUUCUCCGCUGCGGAAUGAGUCCGCUUCUGGCCUUUCUGAACUGGCAGAUGAGUUCGAGAAACACGUGAAAAUCUUGGACUCUCUAGAAACCAAGGCGUAG